AUGUCAACGACGGCUUCAGGCGCAGCUUCCGACUCAAUUACAUACCUGAGCCAGGCUGAUGCCAUCGCCGUUGACCAAGAGCUCAUGGGCCCGGUGCUGGGCUUCAGCGUUGACCAGCUGAUGGAGCUUGCCGGUCUGAGCGUGGCCUGCGCCCUGGCCGCAGAGUACCCCCCUGACGUUUCGGUGUGCUACCCCAAGCCAACCGAUAAACCGUUGUACAACGGCCUCAUAAAGCAAAUCAGCUCUCUGGGCAUCCCUCUGGUGAGCUGGACGGACCUGCAGGCUGCUGGGCCGCUGUCUAGCCUGGCAGAUGUGGUGGUGGAUGCACUGUUCGGCUUCAGCUUCUCGGGGCAGCCGCGGCCGCCUUUUGAUGCGAUACUCCAGGCAGCGCUGCCUUCUAGCGCAAAAACGCUGGAAGUGCGGCUGGAAGCUGGCCGGCCACUUGCAGCGCAAGUCAAGGCGUUGCUGCCCGGCUCGCAGCCUCCAUUUAUCGUAUCUGUUGAUAUCCCCAGCGGGUGGCAUGUCGAGCAGGGGCCCCCCGGGGGUCCGGCAGCGGAGGAGGAGGGAACAGCUCUGCAGCCCGACAUGUUGGUCUCGCUCACUGCGCCGAAGCUGUGCGCCCGUUACUUCAAGGCAGGGUUACAAGAGGAGGGAGGGAGGCAGGGAGGGAGGUUGGGAGGCCCAUUGCACGCCAUUCCACGCCAUGCCUUGUCAUUCCACGUCAUGUCAUGUCCCACGUCACCUAACAUCCUGCACCUCUUCACCGCACACCCCACCAUCCUGUGCAUCCUACAUGGCGCCCACCAUUAUUUGGGGGGCCGUUUCGUACCGCCUGCCAUCCGCGACCGCUUCCAGCUCCGCCUGCCGCCGUACCCGGGUACGGCCGCGUGUGUGCGCAUCGGGGGCGGGGCAGCGGAAUCCGCCGCCGCCGCCACUGCCGCCACCGCCGCCAAGGCCGUGGUUGCGGCUGCGGCAGCCACCGUUGCCGUACAGGCAAAGGUUGCCGAUAUGCGCAUCAGCUACGAGCGAGGGGGCCUUCAGGAAGCGGACUUUGCGGGUCGAGACCCGCUUGGGGUGUUUGACGAGUGGUUCAAAGCGGCGGUGUCCGGCAAGGUGUGUGAGGAGCCUAACGCCAUCAGCCUGGCGACCUGUGAUGCCCAGGGGCGGCCUAGUGUGCGGGUGGUGCUGCUGAAGGGCUACGAUGAGCGCGGUUUCAUCUUCUACACCAACUAUGCAAGCCGAAAGGGUGGCGAGCUGGCCACGGGCUUCGCUGCGUUUUCGCUCUACUGGGAAAAGCUGCAGCGGCAAAUCAGGGUUGAGGGUGAGGUGGAGAAGGUCUCUGAUCUGGAGAGCACCGAGUACUUCCACAGUCGACCCCGUGGCAGCCAGAUUGGGGCGUGGGUCAGCAACCAGAGCCAGCCCUGCAGGGACCGCAGCGAGCUGGAGGCCAGGAACACGGAGCUGCAGCAGCGCUACUCGGACGAAUCUCAGCCGGUGCCCAAGCCGCCGCACUGGGGAGGUUACCUGAUUCGACCCACCGGCAUCGAGUUCUGGCAGGGCCGACCCAGCCGGCUGCACGAUCGGAUCCGGUUUCGCCGGGCCACACCAAGUGACAGCGACCCAUGGGUCAUGGAGCGCCUCCAGCCUUAAGGGAAAAGACGGCUUUAACCCACAUUGGGCUCCCGCCGGCACGGCCCAUUUGCUUCUUCCAUAUACAAAUUUCCUGCACGGCACCUAAAGCGAUACCCGUAAGGGGAGUAGCCCGCGAACAGAAAGGAAAAACACCGCAGGCUGCUCUGGUCAUCUGGUGGAGGUCCAAGGACUUCCGUCCAUUGGGAGCCUAUUGGCAAAUGCCCCAGUGGUUGUUCCUUUCUUCUGUCUAGGUGGCUUGCGUUGGCUGGUCUGGGUGGCUGUCUUUGUUUGCCGUAGUAAUGCACGGCCCGCUGGCUCUACUCUUCACGAGUCUGGAGCCCACUGUAACAACCACACAUACA